ACCUGAACGGCCUCGCUUACGGGAAGAUGUGCCCCACAGCGGCCCCGGCUGGGAUUUCUCUGCUCCCCGCCUGCUGCCGUCUCGGCCGGCCUCACCUGGGGCAGCCGGAGUGCGAGGGACCGGAGGAAUGCGGGAGGCUCUGUCGGAGGGGUUUGCUUGUAUGAUGAAAGGCUGCCUCCAAAAAUAGCCGUCCCUGAGAAACUUUUCACGAGGGGAGAUUUCUCUGGGAGGUGCCCCAGAUUUCAGUGAGAGAUGAGUUAGCUGCUGCUUCUUUGCCUUUUUCUGGAAGCAAAACCGGUUAUUUGCAUCACCAAAGAUGUAUAGCAGCUAGCAACAAUGGCUUUUGCUCGCAGGAGGCCAUGAGCAGUAACAAGACGGUGCUGGCUGCCAGGUGUGAAUGAAAACCAUGUUUUCCUGCUCGAAGUUCAAAGUAUAGCAAGAGGUCAGAGGUCUGGGAUCCAGGUGGUUGAGCUGGAAGGAACCACAUGCAAAAGAGUUCUCCUUCCCAUCUACUGACCUGUGUGCGCAGCUGAAAGCCAGAGGAGGAGCUUGGCAGGAUGAAGCCGGUCAUCGUGGUGCACGGUGGAGCUGGCCGGAUCUUCAGAGAGCGAGAGGAGGGGUGCCGGGCUGGGGUUGUCAGGGCUGCGCUGCGAGGUUACGCUCUCCUGAAGCAGGGAGGCACUGCCGUAGAUGCAGUUGAGGAGGCAGUACGGUCAAUGGAAGAUGAUCCUCAUUUUAAUGCAGGUUGUGGAUCUGUUCUAAAUGAAAAAGGUGAAGUAGAAAUGGAUGCCAUUAUCAUGGAUGGAAAAAAUUUAGACUCUGGAGCAGUGUCUGCAGUUAAGUGCAUAGCAAACCCAAUAAAACUUGCUCGACUUGUUAUGGAAAAGACAAAGCACAUGCUGCUGACUGACCAUGGUGCACACCUGUUUGCUCAGGCCAUGGGUAUUCCUGAAAUUCCAGGGGAGAAACUCAUAACUGAGAGAUCCCGGGAGAGAUGGAAGAAGAACCUUGAGCCGGAUUCCAACCCCGAAGAGUUUCAGAAAGACCUUGGAACAGUCGGUGCUGUUGCUAUAGACAGUGAAGGCAAUGUAGCUUGUGCAACAUCCACGGGAGGACUCUCUAAUAAAAUGAUUGGCCGUGUUGGUGACACAGCAUGCAUAGGAAGUGGAGGUUAUGCUGACAACCAUUCUGGUGCCACUUCAACCACAGGACAUGGGGAGAGCAUUAUGAAAGUGGUCUUAGCCCGGCUGAUUCUCUAUCACAUGGAGCAAGGAAUGUCACCAGAGGUUGCAGCGGACACUGCAUUAGACUACAUGAAGACACGAGUUGGGGGUUUGGGGGGUGUCAUUGUUGUCAACAAGGCAGGAGAGUGGGCAGCAAGGUUCUCCACCAAGCAAAUGUCCUGGGCUACUGUAAAGGAUGACAACCUGCAUUAUGGCAUUUAUGCUGGGGAGAAGCAUAUAAAGUCUGUUGAUGAAGCUCUUGCAUCUGAAAGGGAGGGAUUCUAAGAGUGAAGAAAUGAAGAUCUCCAGUUUUUGCUGGAGGACAAUGACAGUUGAUGUUGUCUUUCUGAAAGAUCUUUUGGUUCACAGGCAUUACCACAUUUACAGUCAAAACAAAAUCUGGACAUUGUUCUUUGGUGGACAUGUAUAUAUGUGUAGUCUUUUAAUACCUUUGUGAAAUCAGAUACUCCUUUUUUAGAUGAGAAAGAGAAUGGUCUGUAGGUUCCUUGGUUAGCAUGCUUUAAUCUUACAUUAAAGGGAGCCUGAGUUUCAGUAUUAGAGAAACUCCUUUCCACAUCCAUUCUCAGAGACUCCUACCAGGAUAAUUUGAGAGAAAAAUACCUAUUAAUUAAAAGCUGAAUUUUGAAAAUCCAGAGUCUUUUGAGCAGCUGUGUCAUGGUACUAGCUUGCUAAUGGUCAAUGAAAUACCACCAAAGAGCAGUGAAGAGUUGAGAUUAAAAUUGUUCCCACAGGUUUGAGGUAACUUGUCAGAGGAUAUAAUGAAGUAAAGAAAGUGGCUUUCUCCAGAGAAGGGAAUGGUGAUGCUAAGGAGCUCUAAUUCCAUUUAUGGACAUCACAACCAAGUGGGCUAGAAUGUUUCAAACUGUAUGUGGAUAGUUAACAGGAAAGAUGCUAUGGAUUUAGUAUCUGGGGUAGUAAUACAGAAGGUCGUGCUUUUAAUAAAAAUAACAGCAAUCUUUUCUACUCAAAUGUAAAGGUGAUAGGCAUCUUUUAGGUCAAAAUAUGAGACAGAGAUGCUGAUUAACUGGAAAAAUAAUUAUCUGAAAGUGAUCAAAGCAAAUUGUACUAAAAUAAAUAAAACUGCCUGUUAACAAGC